UGAACACGCGCGCACUUUUUUCUCUACGUCAUGUUCUUAACGUUGCGCGCUAUUUUACCGUUAGUCAAGAGUGCUUUUGAAUUUGUUUUUGAAAAGGCUUGAAAGGCUUUGUUUUGAAUGCAAAGUCAACCAUGGAAAUGAGACUCCUAAGCCCUAAAUGUCUUCCACGGGUUAUCAAAAGAUAGGUUUCUCUUGAUCCUAAAAAGGCUGUCCAGGCUUCGCAGCGUUAUGAGUCAAAAUGAAGAAAAGUGUCGUCAAACCGUGAGCGGUCUUAUAUGGGAUUUCUUCGGCCAAACAACAGCACAUGGAUUUGGGAGAAUUGCUAAUACCAAGUCCAGGUUACGUCGAAUGUUUUGGGUGUGUCUUGUGAUGGCGGCGUUUGGUAUGUUUUCUUUACAAAUCUAUGAUUUGCUUAUGAUCUACCUCAGUAGACCGAUUGGAACACAAAUUUGGAUGAAGCAUGCCCCGAGUAUCGCAUUUCCUGCAGUGACUCUAUGCAAUUUCAACAUAGUCCGAAGGUCUCAGAUAACCAGUGAAUUGGCAGGAUCAUUCGAGAACUUUAUAACGCCAAAUAUCAGCGAUGUUGAUGAUGCAAGAAGCUUGCGCAAAAGAAGGCAAUCAGUAGACGGCUGCUCGUGUGGCUGUUACCUCAAGUGUAGAAAUUUCCAUGACCCUCACAGAAAUACCCCAGAGCCGGCCACUACUUGUGCACCCGUACCAACAACGAUCCCUACCACAGCAACUACCACUGAGCCAACAACAGUGCCAACUACGAUACCAACAACUAUUCCCACUACUUUGCCAACCACGGAGCCCACAACCGCCCCUACCACCCCAGAGCCGACUACCCUGGAGCCCACAGACCCGCCAACAACUGAAGCGCCGACUACAUUACCUCCAGGCGUCACUCCAGCUCCUACAGAGAAACCCUUGACAAUCGAGGAGAAAAAGGAGCAGGCUUUCACGGGCGAGGUAUCCCAGCCCGACCCGGCCACCUUGGACAAACAGACGCUUAAAACAGAGGAGCUGGUACUGAGCUUAGCAACCAAGCCAGAGGAUAUGUUGAUGGAGGUUGGGCACCAGUUUAACGACAUGGUGCUGUCGUGUACCUAUCGUGGCAUUCCUUGCACCAACUACACAGAGAAUCUGUGGAGUCGAUUCUGGCAUUAUCGCUAUGGCAACUGCUACGUGUUCAAUUCGGGGAAGGACUGGCAAGGGGAACCCAAACCGAUCCUGCGAUCCAACAAACCGGGACCCGCCAGCGGACUUACACUUGAGCUAAACGCCGAGCAACACGAGUAUGUCGGUCAGCUGUCUCACGAAGCAGGCAUGCGCGUUCUGAUUUCCACCCAAGGCGAGAUGCCGUCACCAUUAGAGAAAGGCAUCAGCGUAUCACCCGGGUUUUCCACCACUACGGGCAUUAGAUUGACGAAUAUACUCCGUGCAGAUCCCUUCAACAACAAAAGCUGCCUGAGCAGUGAUGAUAUCGACCCCGAGAAUCUGUACAGAAAGCGAUAUAAUGUGUCCUAUUCACGCACGACGUGCAUGGACUCGUGUCUCGCUCACAAGCAGGUGGACAUGUGUGGAUGUCUUGAAUACAGAUUCCCUAACAUCGAUAACAGGACAGUUUGUGAUAUCCUUGACAUCGACGUCAUCAGGUGUCUGAACAAGGUUCAGUCGCUGUACCAAGACAAUAAACUCGGCUGCUCAGAGAAAUGCCGCCCUCCUUGCAAUGAAGAAGUCUUUAAGCUUUCAAUUUCAUCGGCGAGAUGGCCUACAGAUGAUUAUGAGGCACAUUUUCUAGACGAGCUUAAAGAAGACAAAGGAUUUGUUCUCCCGGCAAACGCAGACGCCAGGGCUUAUUUCGUGAAGCUUCAGAUAUUCUACGAAGAGCUGAACCACGAGGUUAUCGAGGAGUACAGGUCCUACGAGCUUGUGAAUUUCGUGUCGGAUAUCGGAGGUCAGCUUGGGCUGUGGAUCGGCAUCUCGGCACUCACGGCCUCAGAGCUCGUUGAGCUUCUCAUCGUCAUUGCCUUGCACCUGUUGCGCAAGGUUACGCGCACAGGAUUAAUCGAUAAUUCCGCUGAACAGCCUGCGGACACCAACCCACGUUACCUAGACGAUAUCACUUUAACCGGUGAUUUGGGGGAGCGGCGCGGUGCAUUGACGGACUCUAACACUUCUCUAACCGUAAGAUAUCUUGGGGAAAUAGCGCGGAAGAGGAAAAUGAAAGGUCACAAAGAGAAGAGAGAAGCGUCUUGGCACAUAGAUAAUUCCGCUGACCAGCCUGCGGACACCAACCCACACUACUUGGACGAUAUCACUUUCACCGGUGAUUUGGGAGAGCGGCGCGGUGAAUUGACGGACUCUAACACUUCUCUAACCGUCAGAUAUCUUGGGGAAAUAGCGCGGAAGAGGAAAAUGAAAGGUCACAAAGAGAAGAGAAAAGCGUCUUGGCACAUAGACGAGGAGGCGUUCCCUUGUUAUCGAGAUCAAGCCACUAUUCACCCGAAUGUCGAGUCAAACACCUCACUUACAGUUAGGUACCUUGAUGACAUCGUACAAAAGAAAAGUAAGCAGAGAAAGCGCUCAAAGGGUGACACCAGCAUGGUGCAAAAGGGCGAUGGACAUCGCGGGGACUUGAACGUGAGGCGCGGGGGGCUAACUGAGUCCAGCGGGUCGCUUACGGUGCGGUACCUCGCGGAAGUAGCCAGCAAAAGAAAAAGAUAGAGCUUUUUCGACCAAACAUGGAUUAUGAAUAGGAAGUAGUACGAGAUAAAGCUUGACAAUCUAAAAGAUAGAUAUUAUGGUAUUAGCUGGGAUAAAAUUAUAGAAUUGUACUAUCAUUACCUAAUUUGAUUCAAAUGUCAAUAUGUUCUUGGUUUUAAUUCUAUCGCGAAGAUCAUGGAAAUAAUCAGUGUAAAAUUUAAAUUAUUUUGAGAAAAGGUGCCUUCUUGAAUCCUUUUCAAGCUCCGACGAAGCGUUAAUUUGGAAACGUCGGCGAACAUAGAACAUAAACCCUGUGGUUGAUUUCCUCUUUCUCAAGCACAUAAAGAUUCGUCCUA